CAUUAACACUUCCUCUUGCCCGUUUGCGGCAGAGGUUAUGCCAACAGUUAAGGUCUGUUGAUGGAUACUUGUGGACCAACGCCAUUUUUGGGAGACGAAGCUUAUUAGGUUAUCUAUUAUAAGCAGUUCUUCUCCCGCUGAAAUUGGUUGCAGUUCUCAGAUUCCCAUCUCUUUCGUGUUGAUGAUGGUGUAGUUCUUCAAAAACCCAUUAUUUCGUCUCCAAUCUCUGCAACUUCCCUUUCUGUUUCUCUCUGAUUAACCUAUGGAUUUGAGAAGACUCGCUACUGCAAUUGAAACAAAAAGGUCAGCUCUAUCGUUGUCUUUGGCCCGUUCAUUGUCAUGCGAGACUUCUACAGCUCAGCAACAGCAACAGCAGCAGAAACAUCAACAAGAAGAAGAAGAACGCAAAGAAUCUUCACCAUUGUUACAAUACGAUCAGGGCUUUGUAGAUAAGGUAAUAUCAAUCCUGUCUAACCCAUCUUUUAACUCUUCUAAAUGUAGAGAAAUCCUGUCUGAUUUAUCUCCUCAUCAUUUCGAUCGUCUAAUUUGUGACAUCCAAUCAUCCGUGAAUCCAAAUACUACAUUGAAGUUCUUCUAUUUUGCAUCUGAAUCCGUUGGCUUUCGUUUCUCGAUUAGAUCUUAUUGUCAUCUCAUUCGUCUCCUUAUUGGGUCCAAUCUUGUCCCACCUGCUCGAUUGCUUUUGAUCCGUUUGAUCGAUGGUAAGGUGUCUGCUUUGUUUGAGAACCCAAAGGACAAGCAUCUAGAGAUUGCCCGGGCAGUUAUGGAGUUGAAUUCUCGAUCGGAGUUGAUGGUGGCAGCUGCGACAUUUGAUUUGUUGGUUCAUGUCUAUUGUACUCAGUUUAAAACUGCAGGGUUGGGUUGUGCUAUUGAUGUCUUUCGGUUCUUGACAAGUCGGGGCCUUUUUCCAUCUUUGAGGACGUGUAACCUCCUGAUGGAUUCUCUUGUAAAGGAAAAUCAGCUCGAGCGGACAUACGAGGUGUUUGGGAUAAUGCGUCAAGGUGUUUCUCCAAAUGUUUAUUCAUAUAGUACUGCAAUCAAUGCGUUAUGCAAAGAUGGGAAAGUCAAAGAAGCUACCCAGCUCUUCUCAAAAAUGGAGGAGUUGGGAGUUUCUCCCAAUGUAGUUACUUACAAUGGCAUUAUUCAUGGAUUAUGUAAGACAGGGGAUAUAGCUGAAGCCUUUAGGUUCAAGGAGAAAAUGGUUAAUUCUGGUUUGAGUCCUAGUCUUAUUACUUAUAGCAUUCUUAUAAACGGCCUGAUGAAACUGGAGAAAUUGGAUGAUGCUAGCUUUGUUUUGAAGGAAAUGUUGGCCAAAGGAAUUGACCCAAAUGAUGUUGUUUAUAACACGUUGAUUGAUGGUCACUGUAAAAUGGGAAAUAUUGGGGAAGCUAAUAAGUUAAGGGAUGAGAUGGUGUCCAAGGGACUCGUUCCAAAUUCAGUUACUUAUAAUUCACUUAUUAAGGGUUUGAGCAAGGUGGGUCAGAUGGAACAAGCUGAGUUAAUUUUGGAGGAGAUGUUAUCCAGAGGGCUUUCUAUUAAUCCUCACACCUUUAAUUCCAUUAUUCACUGGCUAUGUGCAAAAUCUAGCUUGGAUUCUGCAGUACGGCUCUUUAAGGAGAUGAUGUUAAGGAAUUUGAGGCCUAAUGAUGCGGUCCUAACGAUGAUGGUCAAUGGACUCUGCAAAACAGGAAAUCAUUCUGAUGCAGUUGAAAUCUGGUUUAAACUGUUGGAGAAAGGUUUUGCAGCUAAUACGGUAACAUCAAAUGCUUUGAUCCAUGGACUUUGUCGAUCAGGUUGCAUGCAAGAGGCAGUGUGGCUUCUCAAGGAGAUGCUUGAGAGGGGUCUGGGAUUAGAUAGGAUCACAUACAACACACUCAUUUUAGGAUGUUGCAAGAAGGGGAAGGUAGAAGAAGGGUUUAAGCUGAGGGAAGACAUGAUUAAGCGAGGACAUAAGCCAGAUAUGUUCACUUAUAAUGCACUGAUACAAGGGCUAUGUGAUAAGGGUAAAAUGGAGGAAGCUUCUGAGAUUUGGAACGAAUGCAGAAGGGAUGGUUUGGUGCCUGAUCUUUCAAUGUAUGGCACCAUGAUUGAUGGGUUUUGCAAAGCUGAGAAAUUGGAAGAAGGUCAAAAUCUCUUUAAUGAAUUGGUCUCCCAAAAUUUGGGUUUGAAUUCUGUUGUAUAUAAUAUUCUCAUUGGAGGAUAUUGUAGAAACGGAAAUAUAUUGGAGGCCUUCAGGCUUCGGGAUGAAAUGAAGAGUAAAGGCAUCUCACCCACCGUUGUUACAUACUCUUCAUUACUACAUGGGAUGUGCAGUGCUGGCCGUGUUGAGGAGGCAAAGAACCUUCUUGAUGAAAUGAGACAGGAGGGCUUGGGUCCAGAAGUUUUCUGUUAUACUACACUACUUAGUGGGUAUUGUAAGCUAGGUCAAAUGGAUGAAGCAUGCAAGGUUUUGCAGGAAAUGGUUUCUCAUGGUGUUCAUCCAAAUAAGUUCACUUACACUGCCAUGAUUGAUGGCUAUUGCAAAAUAGGUGAGACUAGACAAGCAGCAAAGCUUCUAGGAGCAAUGGUGGAUGCUGGUGUUGUCCCAGAUGCUGUCACAUAUAAUAGCUUGACAUGGGGAUUUUGCAAAGAAGGGAAGAUGGAAGAGGCUUUUAAGAUAUGCGAUGAGAUGUCUGAAAGAGGUGUAGUAUUGGAUGAAGUUACCUAUACUACACUGGUUAACGGGUUGUGUAGUUCAGGACUCAUAAAAGAAGCUACUUUAAUAUCAGAGGGCAUUUUCAAGCGAGGUUUGUUUCCAAAGGAUGUGAACCCUGUUCAGUUCAUUAGUGGGUCUUCAAAGCUUGAGCAGCGGUCCUCAGAGUAAAUCUUUUAACUCUAACCGAAAACAGAAAUUUGUUGGAUUUGAUUACAUAUUGCCAUAUCUAUAGGACCCUGAAAUGAACAACCAAAUGGUGUCUCUUGUUAUUUUCAUAUUAAGUGGGCCUUGAGGUGGCUAUGGAGAUCAACAUCAGUGAAUAUGAAUCUGUAGACAACUCUGUCAUUUCGGCAGUGGGAUGAUCUUAGGUUGGAUGCAGGAGCGAACAUGAUGAAUAUCCUCUCAAAGGCCCAUAAGAAGAAAGCCGUUUCUGCCUGUUCAAGGACGACAACCGUUUCACCAGAAUGCUGAUGAGUCAUGAGUGCCAUCUCAUCCCAAAUGGCACGCAGCUUCACGGAGCGGUAAAAAUCAUGCAGUGAUAGAUCCUGCUGAUGAAUCUCAUGGAAAUCUUGUUCAAGUUGGAACAGCCGGGCUUCUUCUGGCUAUAAAGACACUGAAAAUGGUCCCUGUUUGGCUUUAGUUCUGGAAUACAAUCCCUAAGCUGGGUUGGCUUUCUUGAAUGGUGGAUGAGCUUCUGCCAAGAGGUAGCCUCCCAAGAGAAAGACGCUCCAUUGAAAGUCUUUUCUGGAUAAUUCAAGGGAUCAACUUUUUCACCGCUAUUUUUUCUGGUUGAAGAAUUAACAAACACUCUGUGCUUAUUAUAAUUACAAGAUGAGCAAUGGAAGACGUGGUGACAGAGGAUAUUCUUCUAUACCAGUCCCAAUAAGCUAGCAUCCAUUUGGCCUGCUGGCAUUGUGUAGAGUCCGACACAAUCAGUAGGAUUAUUCGAGGACAUUCGUAGUAGGCAGGCAUGAAGCUAUGGUGAUAAAGGCCGUCACUAAAAAUUUCCAUGUACGGUCAUCGUGAUAUAUGUUUUCAAUGAGCUACACCAAAAAAUUUCCUCCUUCUAGUUAUUCUUUUGUACAUUUACACAUUGCUGUGACGAAAGAAUUUUGACGUUUUUCCCUUUCCUCUUUUGUAAAAUAUUAUUUUUUUAUCUGUUUAUAUAUUCAUUGGAAUGAGAAGAAGGAUUUAUUCAUAACAGUGCGGGGACUAUUGUCAUGACUUUGUACAGAAUGAAUGACUCUUAUGCUGAA